GGGCUAAAGGGAGGGGUUGUCUCAAAAGUCUUUCCUUUCCCCUUCAGGGUGGCUGGCAAGUCCACGCGGGAGCGGAAGGUGUCAGGGACAGAGGAAGAAGAAACAAAGUUCCCGGGGCUCCCUCUGGGGUCGCCGUCUUUUUGGUCGUCCGCCUCCUCGUGAAUGCAAUGGCUUCCAAACUCCUGCGCGCGGUCAUUCUUGGGCCGCCCGGCUCGGGGAAGGGCACCGUGUGCCAGAGGAUUGCCCAGAACUUCGGCCUCCAGCAUCUCUCUAGCGGCCACUUUUUGCGGGAGAACAUCAAGGCGAACACGGAAGUUGGUGAUAUGGCAAAGCAGUACAUAGGGAAAGGUCUUUUGGUUCCAGAUCAUGUGAUCACACGCCUAAUGAUGUCGGAGCUGGAGACUAGGCGCAGCCAGCACUGGCUACUAGAUGGUUUUCCUAGAACUUUAGUACAGGCUGAAGCCCUGGACAAAAUUUGUGAGCUGGAUCUUGUGAUCACUUUGAACAUUCCAUUUGAAACGCUCAAAGAUCGUCUCAGCCGACGUUGGAUUCACCCUCCUAGUGGAAGAGUAUAUAAUCUGGACUUCAAUCCACCUCAUGUACAUGGGAUUGAUGACAUCACUGGUGAACCAUUAGUCCAGCAAGAAGAUGAUAAACCUGAAGCAGUUGCUGCCAGGCUAAGACAGUACAAGGAUGUGGCAAAGCCAGUCAUUGAGUUAUACAAGAGCCGAGGAGUGCUCCACCAGUUUUCUGGGACGGAGACUAACAAGAUCUGGCCCUAUGUUUACACACUUUUCUCGAACAAGAUCACACCUAUUGAGUCCAAAGAAGCAAACUGAGCUUGCUCAAUGGAAGAACCAGGA